CGCGUAGUACGCGUAGUGGUGCUCGGGCGAUAGUGAAUCAAUACGGGAUGAGGGCCUAAUGGAGGCGACCCGCUGGCUGUGCUUCGUUUGCCUACUCCUCGUGGGCCCCAGCGCCCAGGAUGAGGACAUACCCCACAAUGAGGUCAAAAACUGGGCCCUCAAAUUUGGAGUUGACCUCUGGGAGUUUGGUCGUCAGUUCACAAAAAUGAAUGAGCUGCAGAGAAAAUAUCAAGACUUUGAAGCCACCGUAAUACGAAAGGAUGGCUUGCUGCUCAUUCGCGAGCUGGCGGCAGAAGUCCAGAACAUGAUGGACAUCAAGAUGAACGCCGUCCUUCGUAUCAUGGACUCGGCAGAGCAGGCCGCUCUCACAAAGCAAACCACGUCCACCACCAUUCUGGAUGCGCAGCGUCUCAACGCCAAAGACAACAAAGGUGCUAAUGAGGUGAAGUUGGUGGCCGGCCCCGCUGAACACUUUGGGGGCCUGCCUGUCAACACCAGCCUCAGUGCUGUCCUGCUGCCCUCCGCAGUCAACCUGAAGGAGGCUGAGGGCGCCGUCGCUUGGUCAGGUCUGCUCGAACCGCUGUUUGUAAACAACUAUGAGUCGGAUCCAGCCCUGCAGUGGCAGUACUUUGGGAGCUCUGAUGGAUUUACUCGGCUCUAUCCAGCUGUUCAGUGGCCUACGGAGCCGCCGGACGCCAGAUCCAACGCAUGGUAUGUUGGAGCAGCCACCGGGCCACGAGACGCCAUUAUUCUGUUGGAUGCGUCUGGUUCAAUGGCUGGAGAAAAGCGAUCAUUAGCCAUAACCACAGCCUCUGCUAUCCUAGACACAUUAGGUGCCAACGACUUCGUAAAUGUAUACCGCUUUGCUGAAAACACUCAGGAAGUUGCCCCUUGCUUUAAGGACACGUUGGUUCAGGCUAAUGCAGAGAACAUUAGAGAAUUGAAGUCGGCCAUGAGUAAAGUUAGGCCAGAGAACAUAGCAAAUUUCACGAGCGCGCUUGUCACCGCAUUUGAUAUUCUCAAUAGGUAUAUACAAGCUGGCCAGGGAACCAAGUGCAACCAAGCGAUAUUCCUCAUCACAGAUGGGUCCCCAAGCGAAUUCAAAGAGAUUUUCAAGCAGUACAACUGGCCCCACAUGCCGGUGCGCAUUUUCACUUAUCUUGUGGCACCCUCUGGGGGCUCUGCCACUGAGCUUAGAUGGAUGGCUUGCAACAACAAUGGAUUCUUUUCAAGGGUGAGCAGUAGGCAGGAUGCCAAAGAAGCUGCUUUGAAACAUGUUGAGGUGCUUGCUCGACCGUUGGUGCUAUAUCAGAACAAUCAUCCUCUUUAUUGGUCACCGUCAUUUGUAGAUGUCAGACGCCAAUGUCUGUCUCCACAUCCAGAUUGCCCGAGCCCUGAAUUGAUGACUUCUGUGGCAACUGCAAUAUUCGACCGUAGGAAUUAUUCGGUGCGCACUGCACAACUUUUAGGAGUAGUAGGCACUGAUGUACCGAUAAGGGAAAUCCAGAAAAUGGUCCCUCCUCACAAGCUGGGAGUCAACGGAUAUGCUUUCAUGAUCAACAACAAUGGUCAUGCUCUAUUUCAUCCUGUACUGCGUCCCCUUCCUCAGCCCCCUGGCUCGCGUCCCGAGUACAGCUCGGUUGACUUUGCCUUGCUGGAGCUGGUGGAGGGUGAGGGCGCGGUCUUUGACAACCAUUCUCAUUUCAACGAAAUGAGAAGUGAUCUUAUCAACCAAAAAGAAGGCGAAGCUGAAUUGACGGUGCUGGUUAAACAGGAUCAAAUGCGAAGGGUUGCUUCACGGCGACAGAAAUAUUUCUACAAAGGAAUUGAUGGAACUCCUUUCACACUGGGCAUUGCACUGCCAGAAGGAUAUGGAAUGCACGAAGUAUUGGCAGAGCAAGAAAUAAAACUCAGCAAAGUCAAUGUCACUGAGUUUUUCAAAGGCGCCGAUUGGAAAGUUCAUCCUGAUUGGGUGUACUGCGAAUACAGCUAUGCAAACGAGCAACCCUUCAGCUCUGCUGAGGAACGAGUUCUGCACUUUUUGAGCAGAACAUUGCAGCCUGGAUGGAAGUGGAUGUCACUGAGACCUAGAUCACCACAGAAAGAUAGGGAGCCUGGCCACAAGAAAAUGGAACGUGAUUCAUACUACUGUGACAAAAACCUGAUGCAGUCAUUGGUGUUUGAUGCCAUGGUGACGGAGAGCUUGGAGAAGCCGUCUUCAAGAGGAAAGGAGAACAAGCAGCAAGGGUACCAGAUGUUUGGCGUGGCAAUGACCUUUGUGGCCACAAGGAGUGGUCUACUGAGGUGGAAGGACCACUCGGACCCUGGCGCUGAUCAACCUCACUUCAGUGAAUUCAAUCGAAAGGCCACUGAUGAGGUUUGGUACCAGCGGGCCGUCGAGCAACACGCAAUCGAGCCAGACAGCUUCGUCUUCUCUGUGGAUGGUGAAUCAGAUAAAGGGGCUCCACUCGUCACUGCUAGCCACGCCGUGUUUGUUGAGCACAAGGGACACAAGGCUCCAGCAGCCGUUGUCGGACUUCAGUUCAAGCAAACUGCGCUCACCUCGCACUUCAUCAACAUUACUUCAUCGUGCCAAGGAUAUCCCAACUGCAAGAAAACGUGUGCCUCUGACGAACUGGACUGCUACGUGUUGGACAAUAAUGGUUUUGUAAUCCUCUCCGAGUCACCGGAGCACUCUGGGAAAUUUUUUGGCCAGUUGGAUGGGACAAUAAUGGACUCGCUGGUGCAGGACCGCAUCUUCAAAAGAGUCCCUUUGCAUGACCAUCAAGGUGCUUGCCACGAUACUCGCUCCACCUCAACAGACGCUGCCCCAAAAUUGAAUUCACCUACCAGGCACUUGACAGCUGUAGCACAGUGGGCUGGUGCUAAGGCUUUAUGGAUGCUGACCAGUUUCGUUGGUACGACCUGGUCCCUGCCGAUCCCACAGGAAGAAGAUGAUUAUGAAGACGAAGAAAUCGAGAUGGCACUACCUGAACCAAUGACUCCGCCACCACCGCCGAGGCCCACGACCCCAAUUCCCAUGGGGCCGGCAAGGCCGUGCGAGAAGCGCUCGGACUUGUACGUGUUGCAGCCAGAGAGGCUCAACACCAGUGGCUCCUUCAACCCUUUGAAGGGGAAGCUGACCAACUGCCACGUGACUGGCUGCGAGAGGCCGUUUAGUGUGCAGAAAAUUCCUCACAGUAACCUAAUCCUGCUAGUUGUCGACACACUGUGCCCGUGCGGCUCCAAGCAGCUGUUCAUCACACCCCAAGAGGUGCCACCGUCGGCCACUUGCCCCAAAGAAUCUCUAUACCGCCGACGACCAACUGAAUGUUUCAACUACCACCCUGAGGAAAUUGUAAUCAAGGUUUGCGGGGGCUGCACGGCUUUGAGAGCCUCACUGGUGUUCUGCCUGGUGGCCUCAGCGUGGCUGAUGGUGGUGAGCUGAACUACAUAUCAAGCGAGUGUGAUGACUUUGUCUUCCAAGUGUUGGCCCGAGGGCCCUCGGUCACGGGACAAUAAAAGCGAUAAUAAUUUUUAACUCUAGCAAAAUGAAUGGGUGCACCGCGCGCGAGUGAGUUGUUGUUGUUGUUGAGUGCUGCCAAUUACAAUUUAAUCGAUUAAUAGUCUCUGUACCUCAAUUAAAAAAAAAUUAAACAAAUGCCACACUAUUAAUUAUCAA